UGUGAAUUUUGUAACAAUUAUCCAUUGUAAUAAAAGGCACCUGAACGCGUCAAAUACGAACCGUGACCUCAUGGUACCUUACGUAGGUAGUAGUGUAGCGGAUAGAUUGGUGGGGCUGACACCCGCUGAAGGCAUGACGCACUUCUGCAGUCCAUUUCCGCGAACCACCAGCGGAACCAUCCUUCUUCAACAAGAGUCAACAGCACGCACGUCCGGCUGCCAUAACAUGGCACCACAAUGACCGAAGCAACGAGGUCGCCUAGGCGAAGACACAUCCUCUCGUCUAUCAACCCCGAAAGCGACGACCCUAAACCUCAUCGCAAGCGACCGAGGCGGCACUCGCGCUCGCCAACCCCAACACGCACAGAUCGAGACCGCGACAGGCGGAAACAGGAUGGCGACGAUGGCGACGCAAACGAGCCAGAGGACACAACCCAGCCUCGGCGAUCGAGACUCAAGUUGAAGGACCACAAGUCUUCUCGUCGGCGCAAACGCUCACGCUCGCCACGAGACGAGUCGCCCAGUGGCUCACAUCGCAGCCGUCAUCACCGCUCUCGUCGUCAUCGCCCGCGACAUCAUCGGACGCCCAGUCCCAAUCCCUACGAGCCCCCUCCGCUGUCACCAAAUGCCGCCUUUCGUGAAUCACUGUUCGAUGCGCUGGCCGACGAGGAAGGGGCGGACUAUUGGGAGGCUGUCUACGGCCAGCCCGUUCACGUCUACCCACUCGAGGAGAAGGAGAACCCGCAAGGCGAGCUGGAGCGCAUGUCGGAGGAGGAGUAUGCGACCUACGUGCGUCAGCGCAUGUGGGAGAAGACGCACGCCGGGCUGCUAGAGGAGCGCGAGAAGCGCAAAGAGGCGCAGAAGAGGAAGGAAGAAGAUAAAGCCAGGCACAAAAAGUGGGAGAAGGACGUUGAAGAGAGUCUCAAACGAGGCGAAGAGAGGCGUGAGAGGAGACGUUGGCAAGACAAGUGGGAAGCCUACGAGGAGGCAUGGAACAAGUGGGACGGCAAGCCGUCGACGCUCGCCUGGCCGACCGAGUCCGGGAACGGGACCGAUGUGGAAGAGAAAGCCGUCCGGACCUUCUUCAUCCACGGCCUCAAGCUGAAAGAAGUGGGCGAAACAGCCUUUGCCGCGCGCUUGAGGGAGGAGCGCGUCCGUUGGCAUCCGGACAAGAUUCAGCAGCGGACGGGUGGCCAGGCCGAUGAGGCGACAAUGCGCAAUGUCACAGCCACAUUUCAGAUUAUAGAUCGGUUAUGGGGGGAGACGAGAGCAAAGCAGUGAGGCAGUGAGUAUUCAAACACGCCUUGCCAACACGAGUAUUCCAAAGCAUAGGCAUAGCAGUACGGCGUUUUUUUAUGGGCUCACAGUAGAGGUAGUUGAUUGGUACUU